AUGAAAGUUGAAACAAUAGAUCAUAAAGAGCCAAAAGACAAGUUGGAAGAAACUUUCACAGAUGUUGUAACCGAAGAGAAAAAAGAUUUUCGAGUAGACAAAUAUCGACAGCCGAAACAUGAAGAAGCAAGAUCUUUCACAGAUGGUAUUGUCGAGAGGAAAUCUAUCCUUUAUGAUGGAGUUGAUACUAAAGAUAAAGUAGAGCAAAGAUAUCGUCUUCAAGGAGAAGAAUUUGAUAAAGCGUACACUUUCUACGAAAAGCCUCAAACAGAUCGUACUGAAGUUUUGCGGAAACCAACUAAAGUUGAUAAAGUCACUGUGGACAUGAGAGAUAUUAAACAAUUUGAAGAGACAGAAGAACAAAAAUAUCCCAAAGCUCACGAUGUUGGACGUAUUUUGAUUGAUGAAAUACCGGAAGAUAAAACACAGCAAACGAAGAUUGAUCACAGCAAAUGGGAAGCGUUGAAACCUGGAUUUGAUACAAGUGAACGUACCUAUAGUGUUACAAAGCAUACAACAACAAAAGAUAAAAUCAUGAAAGUUGGUAGUCUUGACGUGAUUGGUUUAGAGAAAACCUACAAGCAAUAUGAAGAGCCACAAACAAAAAAGCCAAAAGACAAGUUGGAAGAAACUUUCACAGAUGUUGUAACUGAAGAGGAAAAAGAUUUUCGAGUAGACAAAUAUCGAAAGCCGAAACAUGAAGAAGCAAGAUCUUUCACAGAUGGUAUUGUCGAGAGGAAAUCUAUCCUUUAUGAUGGAGUUGAUACUAAAGAUAAAGUAGAGCAAAGAUAUCGUCUUCAAGGAGAAGAAUUUGAUAAAGCGUACACUUUCUACGAAAAGCCUGAAACAGAUCGUACUGACGUUUUGCGGAAACCAACAAAAGUUGAUAAAGUCACUGUCGACAUGAGAGAUAUUAAACAAUUUGAAGACACAGAAGAACAAAAAUAUCCCAAAGCUCAUGAUGUUGGACGUAUUUUGAUUGAUGAAAUACCGGAAGAUAAAACACAGCAAACGAAGAUUGAUCACAGCAAAUGGGAAGCGUUGAAACCUGGAUUUGAUACAAGUGGACGUACCUAUAGUGUUACAAAGCAUACAACAACAAAAGAUAAAAUCAUGAAAGUUGGUAGUCUUGACGUGAUUGGGUUAGAGAAAACCUACAGGCAAUAUGAAGAGCCACAAACAACAAAGCCAAAAGACAAGUUGGAAGAAACUUUCACAGAUGUUGUAACUGAAGAGAAAAAAGAUUUUCGAGUAGACAAAUAUCGACAGCCGAAACAUGAAGAAGCAAGAUCUUUCACAGAUGGUAUUGUCGAGAGGAAAUCUAUCCUUUAUGAUGGAGUUGAUACUAAAGAUAAAGUAGAGCAAAGAUAUCGUCUUCAAGGAGAAGAAUUUGAUAAAGCGUACACUUUCUACGAAAAGCCUGAAACAGAUCGUACUGAAGUUUUGCGGAAACCAACAAAAGUUGAUAAAGUCACUGUCGACAUGAGAGAUAUUAAACAAUUUGAAGAGACAGAAGAACAAAAAUAUCCCAAAGCUCACGAUGUUGGACGUAUUUUGAUUGAUGAAAUACCGGAAGAUAAAACACAGCAAACGAAUAUUGAUCACAGCAAAUGGGAGGCGUUGAAACCUGGAUUUGAUACAAGUGAACGUACCUAUAGUGUUACAAAGCAUACAACAACAAAAGAUAAAAUCAUGAAAGUUGGUAGUCUUGACGUGAUUGGUUUAGAGAAAACCUACAAGCAAUAUGAAGAGCCACAAACAAAAAAGCCAAAAGACAAGUUGGAAGAAACUUUCACAGAUGUUGUAACCGAAGAGAAAAAAGAUUUUCGAGUAGACAAAUAUCGACAGCCGAAACAUGAAGAAGCAAGAUCUUUCACAGAUGGUAUUGUCGAGAGGAAAUCUAUCCUUUAUGAUGGAGUUGAUACUAAAGAUAAAGUAGAGCAAAGAUAUCGUCUUCAAGGAGAAGAAUUUGAUAAAGCGUACACUUUCUACGAAAAGCCUGAAACAGAUCGUACUGAAGUUUUGCGGAAACCAACAAAAGUUGAUAAAGUCACUGUCGACAUGAGAGAUAUUAAACAAUUUGAAGAGACAGAAGAACAAAAAUAUCCCAAAGCGCAUGAUGUUGGACGUAUUUUGAUUGAUGAAAUACCGGAAGAUAAAACACAGCAAACGAAGAUUGAUCACAGCAAAUGGGAAGCGUUGAAACCUGGAUUUGAUACAAGUGAACGUACCUAUAGUGUUACAAAGCAUACAACAACAAAAGAUAAAAUCAUGAAAGUUGGUAGUCUUGACGUGAUUGGUUUAGAGAAAACCUACAAACAAUAUGAAGAGCCACAAACAAAAAAGCCAAAAGACAAGUUGGAAGAAACUUUCACAGAUGUUGUAACCGAAGAGAAAAAAGAUUUUCGAGUAGACAAAUAUCGACAGCCGAAACAUGAAGAAACAAGAUCUUUCACAGAUGGUAUUGUCGAGAGGAAAUCUAUCCUUUAUGAUGGAGUUGAUACUAAAGACAAAGUAGAGGAAAGAUAUCGUCUUCAAGGAGAAGAAUUUGAUAAAGCGUACACUUUCUACGAAAAGCCUGAAACAGAUCGUACUGAAGUUUUGCGGAAACCAACAAAAGUUGAUAAAGUCACUGUCGACAUGAGAGAUAUUAAACAAUUUGAAGAGACAGAAGAACAAAAAUAUCCCAAAGCUCACGAUGUUGGACGUAUUUUGAUUGAUGAAAUACCGGAAGAUAAAACACAGCAAACGAAGAUUGAUCACAGCAAAUGGGAAGCGUUGAAACCUGGAUUUGAUACAAGUGAACGUACCUAUAGUGUUACAAAGCAUACAACAACAAAAGAUAAAAUCAUGAAAGUUGGUAGUCUUGACGUGAUUGGUUUAGAGAAAACCUACAAGCAAUAUGAAGAGCCACAAACAAAAAAGCCAAAAGACAAGUUGGAAGAAACUUUCGCAGAUGUUGUAACCGAAGAGAAAAAAGAUUUUCGAGUAGACAAAUAUCGACAGCCGAAACAUGAAGAAACAAGAUCUUUCACAGAUGGUAUUGUCGAGAGGAAAUCUAUCCUUUAUGAUGGAGUUGAUACUAAAGAUAAAGUAGAGCAAAGAUAUCGUCUUCAAGGAGAAGAAUUUGAUAAAGCGUACACUUUCUACGAAAAGCCUGAAACAGAUCGUACUGAAGUUUUGCGGAAACCAACAAAAGUUGAUAAAGUCACUGUCGACAUGAGAGAUAUUAAACAAUUUGAAGAGACAGAAGAACAAAAAUAUCCCAAAGCUCACGAUGUUGGACGUAUUUUGAUUGAUGAAAUACCGGAAGAUAAAACACAGCAAACGAAGAUUGAUCACAGCAAAUGGGAAGCGUUGAAACCUGGAUUUGAUACAAGUGAACGUACCUAUAGUGUUACAAAGCAUACAACAACAAAAGAUAAAAUCAUGAAAGUUGGUAGUCUUGACGUGAUUGGUUUAGAGAAAACCUACAAGCAAUAUGAAGAGCCACAAACAAAAAAGCCAAAAGACAAGUUGGAAGAAACUUUCACAGAUGUUGUAACUGAAGAGAAAAAAGAUUUUCGAGUAGACAAAUAUCAACAGCCGAUACAUGAAGAAGCAAAAUCUUUCACAGAUGGUAUUGUCGAGAAGAAAUCUAUCCUUUAUGAUGGAGUUGAUACUAAAGAUAAAGUAGACCAUAGAUAUCGUCUUCAAGGAGAAGAAUUUGAUAAAGCGUACACUUUCUACGAAAAGCCUGAAACAGAUCGUACUGAAGUUUUGCGGAAACCAACUAAAGUUGAUAAAGUCACUGUGGACAUGAGAGAUAUUAAACAAUUUGAAGAGACAGAAGAACAAAAAUAUCCCAAAGCUCACGAUGUUGGACGUAUUUUGAUUGAUGAAAUACCGGAAGACAAAACACAGCAAACGAAUAUUGAUCACAGCAAAUGGGAGGCGUUGAAACCUGGAUUUGAUACAAGUGAACGUACCUAUAGUGUUACAAAGCAUACAACAACAAAAGAUAAAAUCAUGAAAGUUGGUAGUCUUGACGUGAUUGGUUUAGAGAAAACCUACAAGCAAUAUGAAGAGCCACAAACAAAAAAGCCAAAAGACAAGUUGGAAGAAACUUUCACAGAUGUUGUAACUGAAGAGAAAAAAGAUUUUCGAGUAGACAAAUAUCGACAGCCGAAACAUGAAGAAGCAAGAUCUUUCACAGAUGGUAUUGUCGAGAAGAAAUCUAUCCUUUAUGAUGGAGUUGAUACUAAAGAUAAAGUAGAGCAAAGAUAUCGUCUUCAAGGAGAAGAAUUUGAUAAAGCGUACACUUUCUACGAAAAGCCUCAAACAGAUCAUACUGAAGUUUUGCGGAAACCAACAAAAGUUGAUAAAGUCACUGUGGACAUGAGAGAUAUUAAACAAUUUGAAGAGACAGAAGAACAAAAAUAUCCCAAAGCUCACGAUGUUGGACGUAUUUUGAUUGAUGAAAUACCGGAAGACAAAACACAGCAAACGAAGAUUGAUCACAGCAAAUGGGAGGCGUUGAAACCAGGAUUUGAUACAAGUGAACGUACCUAUAGUGUUACAAAGCAUACAACAACAAAAGAUAAAAUCAUGAAAGUUGGUAGUCUUGACGUGAUUGGUUUAGAGAAAACCUACAAGCAGUAUGAAGAGACACAAACAAAAAAGCCAAAAGACAAGUUGGAAGAAACUUUCACAGAUGUUGUAACUGAAGAGAAAAAAGAUUUUCGAGUAGACAUAUAUCGAAAGCCGAAACAUGAAGAAACAAAAUCUUUCACAGAUGGUAUUGUCGAGAGGAAAUCUAUCCUUUACGAUGGAGUUGAUACUAAAGAUAAAGUAGAGCAAAGAUAUCGUCUUCAAGGAGAAGAAUUUGAUAAAGCGUACACUUUCUAUGAAAAGCCUGAAACAGAUCGUACUGAAGUUUUGCGGAAACCAACAAAAGUUGAUAAAGUCACUGUCGACAUGAGAGAUAUUAAACAAUUUGAAGAGACAGAAGAACAAAAAUAUCCCAAAGCUCACGAUGUUGGACGUAUUUUGAUUGAUGAAAUACCGGAAGACAAAACACAGCAAACGAAUAUUGAUCACAGCAAAUGGGAGGCGUUGAAACCUGGAUUUGAUACAAGUGAACGUACCUAUAGUGUUACAAAGCAUACAACAACAAAAAAAGAUAAAAUCAUGAAAGUUGGUAGUCUUGACGUGAUUGGUUUAGAGAAAACCUACAAGCAGUAUGAAGAGACACAAACAAAAAAGCCAAAAGACAAGUUGGAAGAAACUUUCACAGAUGUUGUAACUGAAGAGAAAAAAGAUUUUCGAGUAGACAAAUAUCGAAAGCCGAAACAUGAAGAAGCAAAAUCUUUCACAGAUGGUAUUGUCGAGAGGAAAUCUAUCCUUUAUGAUGGAGUUGAUACUAAAGAUAAAGUAGAGCAAAGAUAUCGUCUUCAAGGAGAAGAAUUUGAUAAAGCGUACACUUUCUACGAAAGGCCUGAAACAGAUCGUACUGAAGUUUUGCGGAAACCAACAAAAGUUGAUAAAGUCACUGUCGACAUGAGAGAUAUUAAACAAUUUGAAGAGACAGAAGAACAAAAAUAUCCCAAAGCUCACGAUGUUGGACGUAUUUUGAUUGAUGAAAUACCGGAAGACAAAACACAGCAAACGAAGAUUGAUCACAGCAAAUGGGAGGCGUUGAAACCUGGAUUUGAUACAAGUGAACGUACCUAUAGUGUUACAAAGCAUACAACAACAAAAGAUAAAAUCAUGAAAGUUGGUAGUCUUGACGUGAUUGGUUUAGAGAAAACCUACAAGCAAUAUGAAGAGCCACAAACAAAAAAGCCAAAAGACAAGUUGGAAGAAACUUUCACAGAUGUUGUAACUGAAGAGAAAAAAGAUUUUCGAGUAGACAUAUAUCGAAAGCCGAAACAUGAAGAAACAAAAUCUUUCACAGAUGGUAUUGUCGAGAGGAAAUCUAUCCUUUACGAUGGAGUUGAUACUAAAGAUAAAGUAGAGCAAAGAUAUCGUCUUCAAGGAGAAGAAUUUGAUAAAGCGUACACUUUCUAUGAAAAGCCUGAAACAGAUCGUACUGAAGUUUUGCGGAAACCAACAAAAGUUGAUAAAGUCACUGUCGACAUGAGAGAUAUUAAACAAUUUGAAGAGACAGAAGAACAAAAAUAUCCUAAAGCUUACGAUGUUGGACGUAUUUUGAUUGAUGAAAUACCGGAAGAUAAAACACAGCAAACGAAGAUUGAUCACAGCAAAUGGGAGGCGUUGAAACCUGGAUUUGAUACAAGUGAACGUACCUAUAGUGUUACAAAGCAUACAACAACAAAAGAUAAAAUCAUGAAAGUUGGUAGUCUUGACGUGAUUGGUUUAGAGAAAACCUACAAGCAAUAUGAAGAGACACAAACAAAAAAGCCAAAAGACAAGUUGGAAGAAACUUUCACAGAUGUUGUAACUGAAGAGAAAAAAGAUUUUCGAGUAGACAAAUAUCGAAAGCCGAAACAUGAAGAAGCAAAAUCUUUCACAGAUGGUAUUGUCGAGAGGAAAUCUAUCCUUUAUGAUGGAGUUGAUACUAAAGAUAAAGUAGAGCAAAGAUAUCGUCUUCAAGGAGAAGAAUUUGAUAAAGCGUACACUUUCUACGAAAAGCCUGAAACAGAUCGUACUGAAGUUUUGCGGAAACCAACAAAAGUUGAUAAAGUCACUGUCGACAUGAGAGAUAUUAAACAAUUUGAAGAGACAGAAGAACAAAAAUAUCCCAAAGCUCACGAUGUUGGACGUAUUUUGAUUGAUGAAAUACCGGAAGAUAAAACACAGCAAACGAAGAUUGAUCACAGCAAAUGGGAAGCGUUGAAACCUGGAUUUGAUACAAGUGAACGUACCUAUAGUGUUACAAAGCAUACAACAACAAAAGAUAAAAUCAUGAAAGUUGGUAGUCUUGACGUGAUUGGUUUAGAGAAAACCUACAAGCAAUAUGAAGAGACACAAACAAAAAAGCCAAAAGACAAGUUGGAAGAAACUUUCACAGAUGUUGUAACUGAAGAGAAAAAAGAUUUUCGAGUAGACAAAUAUCGAAAGCCGAAACAUGAAGAAGCAAAAUCUUUCACAGAUGGUAUUGUCGAGAGGAAAUCUAUCCUUUAUGAUGGAGUUGAUACUAAAGAUAAAGUAGAGCAAAGAUAUCGUCUUCAAGGAGAAGAAUUUGAUAAAGCGUACACUUUCUACGAAAAGCCUGAAACAGAUCGUACUGAAGUUUUGCGGAAACCAACAAAAGUUGAUAAAGUCACUGUCGACAUGAGAGAUAUUAAACAAUUUGAAGAGACAGAAGAACAAAAAUAUCCUAAAGCCCAUGAUGUUGGACGUAUUUUGAUUGAUGAAACACCAGAAGAUAAAACACAACAAACGAAGAUUGAUCACAGCAAAUGGGAAGCGUUGAAACCUGGAUUUGAUACAAGUGAACGUACCUAUAGUGUUACAAAGCAUACAACAACAAAAGAUAAAAUCAUGAAAGUUGGUACUCUUGACGUGAUUGGUUUGGAGAAAACCUACAAGCAAUAUGAAGAGACACAAACAAAAAAGCCAAAAGACAAGUUGGAAGAAACUUUCACAGAUGUUGUAACUGAAGAGAAAAAAGAUUUUCGAGUAGACAAAUAUCGAAAGCCGAAACAUGAAGAAGCAAGAUCUUUCACAGAUGGAGAAGAAUUUGAUAAAGCGUACACUUUCUACGAAAAGCCUGAAACAGAUCGUACUGAAGUUUUGCUGAAACCAACAAAAGUUGAUAAAGUCACUGUCGACAUGAGAGAUAUAAAGCAGUUAGAAGAGAAAGAAAAACAAAAAUAUUCUAAAGAUUUUACGACUGGUCGCCUUGUCAUCAAGGAAAUGCCAAAAUCUAAGGAAAUGGGAAGAAAACAAGUAAAACCAAAAUCUGACAAUUUGUAUGCAACAACAAUUGAAACAACAAUUGAUGACAAACUACAUGUAGAUGAUUAUGAACAAAUUUCAGAAGAAAUAGAAAAAAUAACGAAAGACACAAAGUUUAUACAUGCAAGACAAGGAACUUAUGAAGACAAACAAGAGCUGUGCAAUAUCGAUGGGAUAAACUAUUCAAAAUCUAAUUAUGAAGUGAAAGAUCACAAACGUGUUUUCCCUAGAUAUGAUGUGACCGACACACAAAAUGUUAACAUACAUCAACAAAGACAUCCAAAGUAUCCUGAAGAUUCGAUUACUGAGGAAACGGAAGAUUUUUCACGGAAAGGUGAGAUCUACCGGAAACUAUCGCAACAUCCACGAAUAACCGAAGUUAGCACGAGAGACGAUACGGGCGUAUCAUUAAGAGGCAUAGAUGAAGAAUCGUGGAUUGAGCGAGAAGAAAAUGUUAAAAAUGGAAAGGAUAAAACAACGUUUGUUCAAGCAAGUGAACAGUAUUUUCCACAAGACAAAGUAUCUAAAAUGACUUAUAGUCAUGAAGAAAACGUGCCCAGAGAUAUUCUUGGCGACUCCGAAGGUCGUAGCGAACAAUUUAUUUGUAUUAAGAAAACAGACGACUCCAAUUAUAUCAAAGAUCCAUCGGAAGUAAAGAAAGAACUACAAGAAUAUGAUCUACUAAAAAGAGAUGAGAUUACAAUUAGAAAAAACAAAGUAAAAAGUCAAUUUCCCGACGAUAAAUUUUCUAGCAAAUUUGUGGUCGAAAGAGUUGGUCCGAAAGAAGUCAUUGUUGAUGGAAAAAGCAUAUCUAUUGAAAGACCUCCGCAAAAAGAAACACAGUUUGUUGCAAAAACAGACCAAUAUCAGCCACUAGAUGAAGUGUUCGACAAAGCCUUCACUUACGAUCGUCAAGUACGCAAAGAAGACACAAGUCUCCCUUCAGGUCACGUAACGUCCGAUAGAAUCAUCGUUAACAGAAGAGAUAUUCAGCUAAUGGAAAAAGAAGAAAAAUUAAAACACCACAAAGAUCUCAAUGUUGGUCGCAUAAUCAUUGAAGAACUUCCACAAGAGCAAGAAGAGGAUACAAAACGUUUAAUACACAAAAGAGAUGACUUAAACACAAGACUUGAAGAAUUGAGACCACGGCAUACGGAUGAGACAAUGAAAGUUGGAAAGCUUGAUGUUGCAGAGUACGAUAAAAUAUCCAGAAACAAUUUCCAUUUUGUAGACGACGUUGAUAGGCAUUCGCAACAGAUAGAUCAUGAAGAGGUGAGAAAGUCGUACGUGGAAAACAGAGAUAAGAACGUAGUUCACGAUAAAAUAACAGCAAGAAAAGCAGCCACAGAAAGACGUAUGGAUAGCAAAACAUACAAAGAUGUAGACAUGACCGACCAUGGUGGAAUACAAAGAAAUAUUAGAGAUGAAUCAAUAGAAAAAUACAUUGCAGAUGAGCUCCUAACCUCAGAAGACGUUUCUAGAAGUUUAACUGAUAAAGAAGUUGACGACUUACAAAAAAGAUACCGUUAUAAAUCGAAGUACUCAAAAACAUCUGGACAACUUAAACCUGAAGAACAGUAUUUGCCUGAAAACGACAAAUUAUAUCCACGUAAACCAGAUCGUGAAGAUACAGCAGUUGCUCAACAGGUUGUUGACGACAAGUAUUCAACAAUCCACGUACAUCAAACCUCCUAUCGUGACUCGACAGAACCACAAAAGACGACAAACGAUCGUAUAAGUGUUAAUAUACAAGAUCUGGUUCAAAGAGAUGAAACAGACGAGUCAAAGAAUGCCAAAGAUCUCAACAUUGGUCAAAUUGUUAUAGAAGAACAUUCUCAAGAGACUGUUGGUAGACAUGAAGGUUUAGGAAGAGAAAAAGUUUACCAUCAUGAAAGCAAAAUGGUGGAAUGGACACAGACUGCAACAAAGAAAAUACAAGACGUGGACGACAAGCAACAACGAAAAAACAUCGUCCAAACAUACCAAGAAAAUCCACAGCAAAUAAGAGUGUUGGACCAAAGACUUCCUUCAAAAACCAAAAAUGUCAGUAAAGAGGUUGAGCAACGUGACUAUCCUCAAACACAUCACAUAGGCGACGUCAAAAACAUUGACCGUGGGAAUGAACAACAACAAAUUGAAGAUGAAGUGCGACAAAAGUUCGUUUCUAGCGACAAGAUAACAAUAACAAAUUAUGAUAUUUCGACUGAACACGACAAACCUUUACAACGUUAUGCCCGUGACAUCAAAACAGAAGACAAGCCAAAUGAGAGGAAAGCAAAGAAAGAUGAGACCAUUAAAAAACAAACCACUGAAGAUAAGAUAAUGAUUAAAGACUACGAUCUCCACAAAGAAGAAAAAACAAAAAAGCAAGAAAGUCUAAAGGAUAUCAACGUUGGUCGACUUGUUAUCAAAGAAAUGCCCCCAGAAAAGGAAACAAAACCAACGAAAGAAAAGAAAAAAGAUAACGUUGACAGACAAUUUAAACCACGUGAUGAACUAACCAAUUUUAUUGAACAUCACAGUCGUGAUAGGAAAAAAGAAAUGGUCAAAGAUGACAGCAGCUACAGAGGACCAUAUGUGAUAGAUCACCCAGCUGACACAGAAACCAAAAUAAAUGUUAUUGAUGAGAGAGCUGGCACGGACAUAUCUAUAAAAGAUAGAAGAUUUAUGGAUGUACAGAAGCAAUCAGAACCACCUUUUACCGCUGACAGGGUUGAUGGCGGAUACAGGAUCGAUGAUAAAACAACAACGAAGAAGAAAGAUAAAGUAACUUCGGGUAAAACUGAUUUCACUUAUAUACGUACUGAUUCACAACGCAACUACGCCAUCGUAACAGAUUCCGUGUGGGAGGAAAGUAGCAAACCGUUGGAUAAGUUGACGUUAGAAAAAUCUAAGCAAGAUGAAACAAAAACCACAGAAGCCAUUAAAGUUACGAAAGAAGAUCGAUCGCAAGUUGAUGAGGAGUUUCGACAGUUUUCCAGCAAAAAAGAGGAUGAAAAAUCACAAGUUGUAAAAAAAAUACGACGUUUUAAGAUUGAUGAAUCACGAGACUUUCAAGGUAAUAAGAAGGAAUCAUCGUCAUCAAAAGAAGUUCCAAAGAUGGAGAAACCCUCUUUGGAAGAACCAAGAAAAAAAGAGGAAGAAAAAAUUCAAUAUGAGCGUCCACAACAAAAACAAAAGCAAAAACAAGGAGACACAAACUUUGGUAAAACUUGA